GGGUAAAAAUAUAUAUCUAGGAAUAAUUUGUUUUACCUUUUAAACCCCUUCUUUCCUUCUUUCUAAUUCAUCCUUCUCUCUUCCAACCAACAAGCUCUCUCUACCUUGGGAUAUACAACCUUUCCAACAACCAAUUCAACUCAUUCCAUCUCAAUCACCAACCAAUCUACAAUCUCAUCAAAAUGCCUUUCGAAGCCCAACAACCUCAAGCUCAGCAAAUGGAAAUGUCCACUACCAAUGGUCCCAUCACCGAACAACCUCGUCAAAAUGAGGGAAUGAGCACUGAUGUAUCUAUGCGUGGUGGCGGUGGAUGCUGCGAAGCAUGUCUCGCCUGCUGUCUCCUCGAGGAAGUCUGCGCUUGUUUGAUUUGCGAGGAAUGCUGUUGUUAAACGCUUCUUCGUGAGGAUGUAUAUACACACAGAUAUAUCCAAGAUAGACAUGACACCCACGAUGCGAUGGAGAGGAGAGGAGAUAAUUGAUACCCGGUGGUUUGUGGAUGGAGAUUGUGAUGGAGAUACGAACAUGGAUGCGGAUGCGGAGGGAAAUAUGAAUUUCGAUGUUUUUACGCAGAUAAUGAAUUUUGGUGGAUAGAUGGAUGCAUGCGAUAGAAUGAUGAAGGAAGAUUGGAUUUUGCUACUAGGUCUGUCUGCUGGGUGAGGAGUAGGUGGAAUUAUAUCUUGCGAAUAGCCCAAUGUUAUAUAUGGUUUUUUUUUUCUUGGAAUAAUCUUUCAUCUUUAUGAUUGUGUGAUUUUAUC